CGGCUGUCAAAAAAGUGUGCAACUACCAGGUUUCGCCCAUAACUAUUCCCGAGUCCCUCAUGUCGACUCAAUCGCGUAGAGAUUAACCUAUCAUCGCUCAUUUCCCGCGCUUACGUUGACGCGGCAAUCUGACAAUAUGACGGACUGGAGCAAGUUGAAAGUUGUUGACCUUAAGGAGGAAUGCAAGAAGCGCGGGAUCCCUCUUACUGGCCUCAAACUCAAGCAGAACUAUAUCGACACGCUAACAGAAUACGAACAAGAACAUGAUAACGCGAGAGAGAAAGUCGAGCCUCGCGGAGAAGACAAGCAUGACAAUGCGAAGGAAGAAGAGGACCGAGGAAAUGAACCUGUCGGAGGACAUCCCGAGGGUGACAAUCUUGAGCCUCAAGAUAUCGUCAGCAACGAAGAGCACGUGGUGGUGGACGAUGCGACGACGAUUCUAACUCCUCCGCAGCCUCAGGAUGAGAAGGAUGCCGUGGGAACUUCCGACGUCAAUGGCAAUGAAGACGCGUCGCACGAAGAAUUCGGGACGGAUAUUACACAGGACACUUCGUCCAAGAUCGCCAAACCUGAUGCACAAGAACAAGUGGAUGACACUCCUCAAGAAGUUCAGAUCGAGCACGAUACUCCGGCUGAGCUGCGGAAAGAGGAUAGCCAUGCCGAGAAGAAAGAGGAAAUGUCUGAUGUGCCAGCGACCUCUCAAUCUGAUACCGUCAAGGGCGAAAACUUAGCACCGGAGACUCAAACCGUGGAAAGCGAGGUGGAAGCUACGAAACAAGAAAUAUCCAAUACUGCUCCUCAGAAGGCUGAAGACCCCUCGAACAGGCUGCCACAAGUUCAGACGCAGUCAGACAGUAGCACACCCCUCCCACCUGGUGACUUUGCCGAAGAUCAGACACGGAGGAGGAAGCGAAGCGCUACGCCUGAUCCAACGGCCCAAGAGGUUGCACGCAAAAAGGCAAGACUUAGCUCUGAAGGAGAAGAUGAGAAGACCGAGGAGCUCGCUGCCCUGCGAGAUAUGAAGGCAGCGACUGAGGUUGCCAAGGAGAUCCGCAACGAAACCGAUGAUGCUAUUACCAAAACCAUCAACCAGCAAGCUGCUUCAGCUGCAGAAGCAAUUCGCCCACGAAGUCCCUCCGAAGAGCGUGAUGUCUCUCCUGCCAUCCAUCCAGCAACCUCAUCGAUAUACAUCCGUAAUCUCAAACGGCCACUUCAUAUCCCCUCACUUCGCAAUCAUAUCCUCACGCUUGCCAAAUCCCGUGAUCCGUCGGACGACAUCGACCCUAUCAAAGUGUUCUACCUAGACAACAUCCGCACCCAUGCAUUUGUCUCGUUUUCUUCCAUCUCUGCGGCGUCACGGGUACGCACAGCCAUGCACGACACCCGUUUCCCAGAUAAGAACAUGCGAGAACACCUCUUCGUGGACUAUAUACCCGACGACAAAGUUCAGGGUUGGAUCGAGCGCGAGACAGGUGGUGGCGGGUUCGGCGGAGGCCGUGCAGGUGGACGGCGCUACGAAGUUGUCUACGAACAGAACGAAGACGGCAUUGAGGCAGUCUUCCAGGAAGUAGAUACGACCAAACCCCAGCAACCACCGCCAUUGGAGCCGAAAUUGAGCUCACGCAUGUCCGUUGACAGACCAGCCGGAGGUGAUGCACAUCCUGAUCGAGCCGGGCUGGUUCCGAGAAAUGACCCGCGGGACGAUUACCGAGACCGGCAUCGUGAUCGUGGGAGGGCCCUGCAGCCACCGACAGGACCAAAGAGACAGGAUAUCAGCGGUCGCGGGUUCAAAGCACUCGACGAACUCUUCGACUCUACGACCGCGAAGCCAAAGCUGUACUUCAAACCCGUUCCCGAGGCCGUGGCGCGGGAGAGACUGGACAUGUUUCGAGAAAUGCGUCUCUCUCACGCCGAGAUGGGCCGGAGUGGCGACGAGGGUAUGAAGCGGUACUCGUUCGAUCGGUUCAAGGAUCGCGAAGAGUGGGUGGACAAAGGGCCCGAAUUUGGGUUUGGCAAGCGCGGACAAGACAGACUUGCUGGCAUGCGCGGAAGGGGAGGGUAUCGUGGCGGACGAGGGGGUGAUUCGUGGCGUGGCGGCGGUGGGAGGUGAUUCUCCUUUCUUGCCUUUCAGUUUGUACAGCAGCCGAGACCACGAACGCAGGCGCGCGCUCGACAACUGCUGGCACAAGACCCAGUUAGAUGUAUGAUUAGGUACGAGAGAAUACGACACACUCGAUACUGAACAGAUUAGAAGUGUAGAGCAGAGCAACAUCCGGGUGGAUGAAAGUGCAAUCUGACGCACAAGACACAAAAUCCGCGAUCCUUUACGAUCACGAUCACGUGUACGUAUGUAUUUAUAUAGCUGGACGAAAGACACCGACCAAUUUGAAAGACUUAUU